CUCAGAGACUGCAGGCAUCUCUGUGUGAUCUUCGGGCUCAAGGCUGCACUCAGAACAGCGAACUAUUGCCUCAUCCCUGGACAAGCAAGGAUCGCUGUCUAUGACUUCUUUUUCCAUCUCGUCCAAGCCUAUUUUACCCCAUUCUUGUGCACUUUAAGUAAUUGGAGAAGCUCGCAAAGAUGAUGUCCAUGAACAGCAAACAGCCUCACUUCGCCAUGCAUCCGAGUUUACCCGAGCACAAGUACACCACUCUGCAUUCCAGUUCGGAAGCCAUAAGGAGAGCCUGUCUGCAAACUCCACAGCUGCAGAGCAACAUAUUCGCCAGCCUGGAUGAGACCCUGUUGGCCCGUGCUGAAGCUCUGGCAGCGGUGGAUAUGGCAGUGUCCCAGGGCAAGACGCACCCGUUCAAGCCGGACGCGACUUACCACACGAUGAACACAGUGCCAUGCUCGUCGAAUUCCACCGUGCCACUGGCCCAUCACCAUCACCACCACCACCAUCACCACCACCAAAACUUGGAGCCUCCCGACCUAAUGGAUCACAUCAGCUCCCCGUCGUUGGCCUUGAUGUCCGGUGGUCACGACGGGGGAGGUGGAGGUGGCGGCGGCGGGCUGAUCUCCACCUCUGCCCACCCUCAUUCACACAUGCACGGCCUGAGCCACCUCUCCCACCAGGCUGCUAUGAACAUGAAUUCACCUCUAACCCACCACGGUCUUUUACCUGGGCACCACGGGGGUGGACAGGGCGGACCAGGACUCACAAAUAACGGACUCCCUUCUAUCAAUGACUCGGACACAGACCCCAGGGAACUAGAAGCGUUUGCGGAGCGUUUCAAGCAGAGAAGGAUCAAGCUCGGGGUGACCCAGGCGGAUGUUGGUGGUGCACUGGCUAAUCUUAAAAUACCCGGCGUGGGCUCGCUAAGCCAAAGUACCAUUUGUCGAUUCGAAUCGUUGACUCUGUCUCACAACAACAUGAUUGCGCUCAAGCCCAUUCUUCAAGCGUGGCUUGAGGAGGCCGAGGGGGCUCAGAGGGAGAAAAUGAAUAAACCUGACAUUUUCAACGGAGGAGAAAAGAAACGCAAGAGGACCUCAAUAGCGGCACCCGAAAAGAGGUCUUUGGAGGCUUACUUCGCCGUACAACCUCGCCCGUCCUCCGAGAAGAUAGCCGCUAUUGCAGAAAAGUUGGACCUUAAAAAGAACGUGGUUCGAGUAUGGUUUUGCAACCAAAGACAAAAACAGAAGCGUUUGAAAUUCUCCGCUGCCCACUGAUGGGCCAAGUUUUGAGAGACUGCAUUUUGGGGACCAAGAAUCAUAGACAUAAUUUUCGGUCUUGUUUUGUCACCAAUGUUUUUACACGUUGGUUGACAAAGACCAUAAUUAGAUACCCAAUUUUAUGAGGCUUCAUAUCUGAUUUAUUUUCACGUUGUUGGUGAAUGUGAAGUAUGCAAAUAACUGACAACUCUGCUGAAUCUUUUCCGAGGAAAAAGUAUGUCGACAUUGCCUUUUAAAAAACAUUGUGAAAGAGGUAAUUUGCUUUAUUCUAGCGAGUUAUUUUCUGAUAUUGAUUUGAAAUAUAUAGCCAUUUACGAAUUACCUCAUUGAUUGUUGAAGUAUUUUGGUUUGGUUUAUUUAUAUCCUUAAAUUUAAUUAUUUAUGUAACCUAUCUAUUUAUUCAUUAAUUCACCUGUUCAUUUGUGAUUACAUAUGAAGGCAUACUCUAAACUGUCAAAUAAUUUGCUAACUUAUAACAAAUGAUUGUUUAGACCUGCAUGAGAAGUAGGCUAAGCCUAACCCAUAGGUCUAUUAGAUAGUCCUUUUGCCCCUCAACGCGAAGUAUGGGCUACUUUGUCACAUUGUUUUUCAAAUUUGCACUACAAUUUAAGCAUAUAUUUAAUUGGUUAUAUAUAAAUGAUUUUGUAUAUAAGGCCUAUAAACACCACUUUCUCACAAGACAGAUAUCAACUCCCGAGUUUUGAAAAUAAAGUAUUUUGCUACUAUUUGGCUUUCACAUCUAAAACCUCAACGUUCAAACGUUUAACUCGCAUGGUACAGAGGUAUACUUUGGCUACAUUCUAACGAAAAAGAAUGACGAUAUCAAUGAAAAUACAACCAAUUUUCGUUUGUUUACUUUGGUUUGCAGUGCAAACAUUCUAUGCAUUGGAAGAGAAAAAAACCCUACAUAGAGUAUCUACUGGUAUAGACCUUUGUGGGUGGUGUAAGUCACUGUUAAAUGCCUGUUUUCACAUUAAGACACCACGUUGUUUGUCGUGUUGAUUGUUAUGAAAUUUGUGUAAGUAAAACUUUACUUUGUGCACAAGUAUGUUUACAAACUGCGGCCACAUGUGCAUCACGAGAACGUCCCGUGUCCGUCCUCCUGUCACUACCGUUCCCCUACACCUCUGUUGUCCUGUUUCUUUCGUCAUAGGUAUUAUUCAUCCUGUAAGCCAAAUCAACAGGGAGGCGGGUCCCAGAAAUCUUCU